CUUGAUGCAAUGAGACCUAAACCUUGAUGAGAGGCUAACCUCUCCCUCUUCCACCGACCUCUCCCUCUUCCACCGACCUGACUCACACAUGCUUUAUUUUGUGUUUCAAGCUGCUCUGUUAUUGUUGUUUCCCAUUAUUCAUUGCUCUGGAAAUGAACUAGACUUGGCCAGUUUCUCCACCGUACUUCCAGAACUUCCAACAAUUCCAGGGAAUGUAUCGGGGUAUUCAACUGAGGUUAAAAACACUUCAGAAACUUUGGUAACCAAGUCUAGCAAUUCAGAAAACGGAGCGAAAAUCUUCAACACUCACAAACCAGCGACAAUCUUCAACACUCACAAACCAGUCACAAAGACCCGCAGAGUAACGGAAUAUCCGAGAAAUGAUGAAGAUAGGAUUGAUCGUACUAUUUAUGUUAACAACAUUGAUGAGGCCUUUAUUAUUCUGAAGCGAGAAAUUGAGGUUUAUGUUGGAAAAAAUGAACUAAAUUACUCCUUGAUAGUUCUCGAAGAAAGGUUUGAAUUCAGGCACCUGAUAUCCAUUUCUGAGCUUAACAAAAUGUCCAACCUGCACCACGGCACGAUUGGACUGAAGUUUAAUCAGAAGUUGUUGUUGCACAACAAGUUUCUCCAUCAAUUUGAACUUUGGUGGGUACUUAGAUCUUGCUCGCAUCUUCCUUCAAUUUACAUCAACAAAUGUAGAGUACUUCCUAUCGAAUCAGACGAUAUUCUCAUCAACAUAGCAACAGCAGAGGCGCCCAGAACAUUACUUCUCCGAAUAAACAACACCACAAAAUUCACAAAAAUAACAGGAAUCUCUCCAAAUGAUGUGGGUUGUUAUUGCAAGGAACACAGCUCGGUUGUAGAGUGCAGCCACUGUCUCGGAUCUGCCUCACUAGAAUACCUGCUCUUAACCAUCAAGUCUUCCUCCACCCUCCAACUCUUCUCAACCUCCUCCACUCCUCCCAUCUCAAUAAAAUUCAAACUUUUAGACAUAUCUAGAAUAAUAUCCAUCAACUGUCUCUCCUCCUCCAAAGAUUACAUCAGUAUCGAUCUGAACCACGAGAAAACAUCGCUUCUUCUUGAGUUCACACCGCGUGGUAUCUCCAACAAAACUGACAUCACCCUCCUAAGUUGUUCCACUCCAGACGGGAGGAGUACUAAGAAACUGUGUCAACUCACUGAGAGGAACCUGUCUCUACCUAUCCGACCCAUGACCAAACUUCUCCCACACGAAAAUAUCAUCAUGAAUAUAAAAACUCCUCGGAGUGCUAGCUACGUUGUAACGUAUUAUUGGUCGGUUUCUGAUAACCGACCUGAAAAAGUCACCCAGGUUAUAGAGACGUCAGAUAGACGGUACAUGGGAAGUGCUUGUUUCAACAGCAGUUUAGUGGGGUGUGAAAGGAAGCACGUGAUCGGGAACACGUGGGAGGGAGCACGUGGGAGGGAUCACGUGAUCGAGGACACGUGGGAGGGAGCACGUGGGCGAGAUCAUGUGGUCGGGAACACAUCUUAUAAUCGAGAUCUUGAUAAGAGAGGUGUAGAGGUAGAGCAAAUGGUAGUGGUAUGUAACUCCACCGACACCCCUAUAGUCCUGUGUACCCCUCGUUUGAUAGACGGUCCCUCACACAUUGGUCACGUGCCGGAACCACGUGCCCAGAACUCUCCGCUCCUACUGGCUCUAAUGUAUUGUGCUGUGGCGAUUCUUUUUGUUUUGCUGGGAUGUUUCGGUUACAAAAUGAGGAGACUUCAUCUGGAUCGACAGUGUGAGUACCACACUUACGCGCAGCCGGAUUGUGUGCAACUACCAAGUCUGGACUACACUGGCAUUGAAAUACGUCACACAGACCACACAUAUCACUAGUUGUGUUACUGUUGAAAGUUUAAUGGAUUAAUAACAAUAUUAAUAACCAGGAGAAUCCUUUAACGGAUUAACGAGUCUUAACUUUAAUUUUCAAUUAUAAUAUUUCACUUUCAGCCAUAAUGUUUUAGUCUUAAAUUUUCAACCAUAAUUUUCAGCUAUCAUUUUUCAGCCGUAAUUAAUUUGAUUUAUUACAAAUUUAUGAUAUUUUCAUAUACUGUAAUUAUUAUUUUCAAAUCAUAAUUUUUUAGUUAUAAUUAUUAAUCAUAAUUUAAUAAUUUAAACACUUUUAUAUUAUUUCGUGAUUUUUAUAACUUUGAUAACUUUGAUAUUUGUUUUUAUUUAAUUGCUAUAGCUAACAGUUAAUUUAUGAUUAAUUAUUGAAUAUUUUAUUUUAUUGUUAAUUUAUACGUUUUAUACGUUAUUCUUGUUGCAACCAGAAUCUGAAAAUUAAACCUGACUUUAAAACUCAAGUUAACCUGUGCCACACAUAAAUUAUACGAAGAGAGCACCCUGAAUUAGUCCCCUUAAAAUAUAACAUUUAGAUUAUAGUUACUGCACAUUAUUUCGGGUCGUCUGCAGAUUUGUUAAUUAUUGAAUGAACAGAUUAUAUUGUUGUAAACUUGAUCAGUUGAUUUAUUAAUUCCUUCAUUCCGUUGUGUUAAUUUUUCCAAUACUUCAGUUUGUCAAGUCACGACUUAUUUUUCCACGAGAAUAGCAAACAGAUUAAUAG